UUCUUCCCGUGAUAUAGCGCAGCAGUCGGUUUGUAUCCAUAGCCAACUCUAUCCUAUCCAAGUCAAGGUUUGUGGGAGGUUUAAACCUACUAGUCUACUUUCUAAUACCGUUUUGGUGAGCUUUCAACUGGAAGCAACAGCUACUUAUAGCGAGAGUAGUUUACUGCAAGAAGCUUCAGUUUCGCGGUGUUGGUCGGGCUACUCAUUAUAGGAAUUAACGAAGAAGACGCAAGACGCUCCUUAGAUUUCACCAACGCAUAAAGGAGAACAUCUUUAUUUUUCCUUGCCUGAAAGGAAGACUUGUAUUUGUAGACUAACGCCUACUAAUAGAAGACAGCCUCCAUCGCAGUGUUUCGGGGAAGUUUGGGUUGUAGUAAAUACGCCUGUGGGUCAUUUAUUUAGGCUAAGAUUUACCAGUGGGAUUGGAGUGUAUUUCCUCUCUUCCUUUUCAAUGCUUUGUGAGAACGGGUGGUCGUCUACCGUAAAAACGUAAGGCUAUUGAUAACGGAGAUAAGUGAAGAGUGCGCUCCUACGCCUGCCCUGACCUCUAGAUGCCGGGCAUAAACUCCACCGCCGCCCCUCACUAUGAGUCAGGCUGGGAGAUGGAGUACGACCACUAUCAACAUUACUUCUACGACGACCACGAUCCGGAUGAGGAUUUCUUUAAAUCCACUGCGCCCAGCGAGGACAUCUGGAAGAAAUUCGAGCUAGUACCGACCCCGCCCAUGUCCCCUAUCCGGACUUUAGAGGGGGCAGGCGGGGUCGGGAUGGUCUGCCCUUCGCUGGGGGACAAACUCGAGUGGGUGUCCCAGUUUUUGGGUCAAGAGGACGACCAGGAUGUGCCUUGUAAAUUCAGUUCCGCCGACGAGGCUUUGGGGAACCUAAGCUCCAUUAUCAUCCAGGACUGCAUGUGGAGCAGCUUCUCCGCGGGCAAACAGCUGGAGAAAGUUGUCGGGGAGCGACGUGCUUCCUGUCCCGGUUCGGGGCCGACCAAACCGGCCCUGCAGCAGGUGGGAGCUGGCAUCAACACCACCGGGAGGGCGCAGUGUGUGACGAUACCCAUGGACGCUCCGGUUCUCAGUAGCUUGGCGACGGAUUGCGUGGACCCGGGUGCUGUUCUCACCUUCCCCCUGGCCGGGGGACCGUUCAAGAAACCUGCGGUGUCCUCCGGUUCGGAAUCCCCCACAGACUCAUCAGAUGAUGAAUCUAGUGAUGAUGAGGACGAAGAGGAGAUUGAUGUGGUGACUGUGGAACACAAGCAGUACAAGCCCCGGCGGCUGUCCAACGGCAGGCUGAACGGGCGGACGCCGGUGACCAUCACGGUCGGCGCGGACCCUGUGGACCCGUGUAUGAAACACUUCCACAUCUCUAUCCACCAACAGCAGCAUAACUACGCAGCGCCUUCCCCGGACACACACAAACAUCCCGAGCCCCCCAGGAAGAGAGUCCGACACGAGCCCCUAAAAUCUUCUCAUAACUUCUCAAACUCAUCUCACCCCAAGCCACACCCAGGCCCCGCCUCAACCAAUCAGAACCCUGAGAGCAAACCACCUCACGUCACAGUGGCAAUGGCCGGUUUGGAGUCACCUGACGCCAACACACUCAUCCUUGCCUCCUCCCCUUCGAACUCUCCCCCAUCCUCCUCCCACCACCACCUCUCCUCCUUGAAGUCCUGCUCCCACCCCUGCAGCCCCCAGUCCUCCGACUGUGAGGACACGGACAAACGCAAGACUCAUAACUUCCUGGAACGUAAACGGCGCAAUGACCUGCGCUCUCGUUUCCUGGCGCUGCGGGACAACAUCCCUGGCUUGGCAGAGUGCCCCAAGACACCCAAGGUGGCCAUCCUGACACGUGCCACUGAGUACCUGGCGCAGCUGCAUUCUAGCGAGCGCCAGCGGGCACAGGAGAAACGUCAGCUGAAGGCCAGGCAACAGCAGCUUCUCCGCAGGUUGGCACAGCUCAAACAAUGCCCCUGAACUCCCUGACUGGCUGGCUGGCAAAGCUCAAACAACAUCCCUGAACUGACUGGCAUACUGACUGGCAGCGACCUCUAGUCGACAGAAACCAGGACUCUCAUUAACUGGCAGGCUGGUAGGGAGAGCAGCCCAAGUAGUAUGCUUUGCUCAACCCUAUAUUAUAAACCAGGACUGAAUCAAAACCAGGGAUGGAUUUAAGAGGAUUUUCUUGCUCUCGUUGGCCCAAUCCCAAAUGGAUCCCUUUGCCCCUAUUCGUAGGAAAGCGGUUCAAGAUCUGCAAGGACACCAACGAUCAAGGGAAAAGACAUAGUGGGUUUAGUGUUGGGAUGGGGUUGUGAACUCCCAGACACACACACACACACACACACACACACACACACACACAGGAUGAGAUUAAGGAGUAAAGACACGAACGGUCACUUUGUGGGGUGGGGAAGUGGGUUAUAAUGUGGUGUUAGGGUUCUGUUGUUUUGCACAUUUGCUUCAGAGUGAUUGACAGAGCAAUCAUCUCGUCAGGAAGGACAGUAACCUGAUGUCACGUGAUCAUAGUUUUGUUAGGGGGAGGGGGGGUCUGGGCUGGCAUUUUAUCUCUCUGUUAUAUCUACCAAAUUAGUAAAGUGUGUAAAUAUUUUAAUGUCAUGUUUCCCGAUUGGAAGAUUAUUUGUUCAUGAGAAGUUAUCAUGCCACAUAGGCGGUGUGAGAUUUGAUUGUAUGCAUGUGUAAAGAAGAUUAUCCCUUGCUACAGCAACAACGGCUCAGAUGGAGUUGAUGUUGACAUGAGAACAUCUUGAAAAAUAGUCCUAAACUAAAUACAUUUUUGAUCAACUCUGAAACUCAACAAUAUCUUUAUACUUUCAGUGCCAUUUUGAAACCAGUCAGUGACUAAUGGAUUUAUUUUCUUCUAAUGAUCAAAAUGUUAGCCAUUGCAAACAAUGACAGUUCAUUUGAAAAGGACAGGAAAUGGAACAUCUGCUUGUCCAUGUUAACGUUGCCCCAAUAAUAUUUGUCAACCUUAUUUCCUGUUAUUGUCUAAGACCGUAUGGUAUAUGAGUGGAUCCAUCGAUUGUGCAUUACGUUCAGAUCAGCCUGUGUUUUGUGUGUUUGCAUGUCUCCUUCUGGGUGUUACAUACGAGUAUCCUCCUUAAUGAACCAAAACCAGAGCUUUUUGAUUUAAUUCUAUUUUCUUUCCUGUUUCCUGUCACUGGCUUAACUCAAAUUUCAAAAUGCUUAUUUUUUAUUUUUUUGUUAUAAAAGGUGAAGUAAAUAAACAUUCAAAUAAUAACAGGAUUGAAACAUUACUUUGAUCACACUUGCCACUCUGCUGUUCUCAAGGCCUGUUUUGCUUUACAGAUCUAAUUUAGUUUUUUGUUGAUUUGUACAAAAGGUCAAGAGUUUUGUACUAUAUUUUCCUACGGAGUGUUUUUUGUUGUUGUUGUGAGCUGACGUGGUUGGUAUGGCUGUUAUGUGCUGCCCCUCACGCUCUACCUCCCCCUCCCGGUCUCUCUCACCCCCCUCCCGGUCUCUCUCACCCUUCCCUGCUCAAACUAAUCACUAUCUAGCCAGCACUUUCUAAAAUCUCACAAUAGGGCACCUAAGAGGAUGUAGUUCUUAAAGGCCUUGGCUGGUCUGUGCGUGUAGCCUGAAGUGAACCCACUGUCUCAGCCCCCCAGGGAACCCACUGUCUCAGCCUUCCCCCCCCAGGGAACCCACUGUCUCAGCCACUCCCUCCCUCCCCCAGGGAACCCACCGUCUCAGCUCCACCCCUCACCCCCAGGGAACCCACCGUCUCAGCUCCUCCCCUCACCCCCAGGGAACCCACUGUCUCAGCCCUAUCCUCACCCCCAGUGAACCCACUGUCUCAGCCCUAUCCUCCCUCCCUCACCCCUAGUGAACCCACUGUCUCAGCCCUAUCCUCACCCCCAGGGAACCCACUGUCUCAGCCCUAUCCUCACCCCCAGUGAACCCACUGUCUCAGCCCUAUCCUCCCUCCCUCACCCCUAGUGAACCCACUGUCUCAGCCCUAUCCUCCCUCCCUCACCCCUAGUGAACCCACUGUCUCAGCCCUAUCCUCACCCCCAGUGAACCCACUGUCUCAGCCCUAUCCUCACCCCCAGUGAACCCACUGUCUCAGCCCUAUCCUCACCCCCAGUGAACCCACUGUCUCAGCCCUAUCCUCACCCCUAGUGAACCCACUGUCUCAGCCCUAUCCUCACCCCUAGUGAACCCACUGUCUCAGCCCUAUCCUCACCCCUAGUGAACCCACUGUCUCAGCCCUAUCCUCACCCCUAGUGAACCCACUGUUUCAGCCCUAUCCUCCCUCCCUCACCCCCAGUGAACCCACUGUCUCAGCCCCUCCCACCAGCUGUAUCACAGCACGUUAGUUAACUCUGGGGGUGAUUAGUUGAAGCCAUAGCAACAGAGAAGCUCUGAAACUACGGUUGCGUGCCAAAUGGUUCCCUAUAUAGUAAUCCACUACUGACUAGAACCCUAUGGGCCCUAAUCCAUUUAUAGUGCACCCCCCCAAGAACUCUAUGGGCCCUGGUACAAAAAAAAUAUUGUACAAUGUAGGGAAUAGGGUGCCAUAGGAGAUGAGCACUCAUCCUGUAGUGUAACAGACUUGAUGAUGUAUUUUUAAUAUAACCUACUCAGUGGCCUGUCAUCAUCCUUGUUUCCGAGAGAGAGAGCGAUCUCAGGAUUACCUCGUAGGAGCGCUGAUCUAGGAUCAGUUUUGGCAUAUAGAUACAACAAUAAUAAUAAGAUUAGAAAUGGACAGAUCCUAGAUCAGCACUCCUACUCUCAGAUGCGUUGUGGAUAUGGGCCCAGGGAGCGAGAGGAUUAGAUUGGGUGGCAACUAUUUUUUUUGUUGUUUUUUUUGGGCAGCCUGGUUUCAGAAGGUGAGCUGCUACUAAUGUUAACCCUGAAAGCUUGGAUUACUCCCUCUGCCUCCCACAGAGUAGCGAGGGCGAGCGUAGAGCGGAACGAUGGAGAGGGUGAGAUAGUAGGGGAAAGGGCAGUUGGAAGAGAGAGAGAGUAGGAAGGAAGGGAGAGCAAAACUAGAGUCUCUUCACUUUCACUACUUUGUUCAUCUGUUCUUUCAGCACAUACCAUCAGUAGCCUGUAUUUAUCUCUUGUAACGCAAGAUCUAUUAGCGCCGCCUCGGGAUUGGCUGUAGCCCAUUGUAGUUUUAAUUUGUCACUGGUCUCUGUGUGUUAGACACAGUCAUUUUGGCAGUGGGCCAUACUACGUUUCACUCUGGGAAUUCUAAUAUGGUGGCAGGCAGCCUUGUCUCAAGCACUUUGUUUUCAGUACCUCAAGCCUAUAUGUACAGGGAGAAUCAGACCAAUGUAAUAAAUUCAAAACAUUA